AUGAAGCAAACAAAAGGGCUCGAGGGUGACAAGGAGUCCAUCAUAAAAUUUGAAUUUAACCCAAAAGAUGGGAUCGACAACCCCGCCUUGUCACUGACUGAGGACAUGGAUGGUGAGGGCAUGGGGGAGCCCCGCUUCUAUCUCCUGAGCAAGGGCAGUGCGGAGACCUUCGGCUUCUGCCUCCACGAGGAGCUGGGCUGCCGGGGCCAUGUCAUCCGGCAGGUGGAACUGGGGGGGCUGGCCCAGCGCAGGGGGCUGCAAGACGGGGACCGGCUCCUCCAGGUCAAUGGCCACUUCGUGGACCAUAUGGACCACUGCAGGGUGGUGCAGAAGAUCAAGGCCAGCGGGAACCAGGUCCUACUGGCAGUGCUGGAUGGCGACUCCUACGAAGCAGCCAAAGCCCUGGGCAGGGACCUGUCCCAGAUGCUGCCGGCUGACAUCCGCCCACGCCUCUGCCACAUCACGCGGGACAAAAGCGGCAUAAAAGGUACCUUCCAGCUGUCAGUGCGGCAGGAUGGGCCAGCGGAGAGAGCAGGGGUGCCACAAGGCUCCUGGCUCCUGGAGCUGAACGGGGCCAGCGUGAAGAGCUACUCGCAUGCACAGCUUGCCAGAAAGCUUAAGCAGAGUGGCAGCAAGGUGACGCUGCUGGUGGCGUCCAGUGCCGUGGAGGAGUUUUACCGCCUGCAGGGCCUGUGGGUCACAGCUGCCUUGGCGGACACCUCCUGGCUCCCCUUCAAGGUCCGGGAGCUGCACAUGGUGAAGGGUCCGGCUGGCUACGGGUUUCUGCUCAAGGAGGAUGACUGUAGCUCAGGGGCCACCGGCCAGUUCCUGUGGGAAGUGGAUGUGGGGCUGCCAGCUGAGCAGGCAGGGAUGAAGGAAGGGGACCGUCUCCUGGCUGUGAAUGGUGAGAGCAUCGAGGGGCUGGACCACCAGCAGACAGUGCUCAGGAUCCGUGCCCGUGAUGACCAGGUGACGCUGCUGGUCAUCGACCCUGCUGGCAAUGAGUUCUACCAGUCGAUCGGGCUGUCCCCUCUGCUGUUCUUUGAGGACAGUGACCCUGCCUCAGGCUCCCGCACGCCCUCCCUGCCCUCUCCCAGUGGCUCACCUGGACUCUGUCACAUUGAGGUGGGACCAAAGGGACCUGGCUCCUUGCUGGUGGCUGCUGCCAACAGUAUAGGGAUCACACAGGUAACCUCUCUUGCUAGGCCCUUGUGA